GUUGGCUCCAAAGGGCAUUAUAGCAUAAGCGUUAGCCAUGAACACUUUGUUUUGGAUCAUCAUCAGUUCAUCUGUCAUCAGCCUCAUAAAGCCAGUCAUUGCUGAGGAAAUGACAGUGCACUUUGACGAGUUCGUCUUAACAUACUGGAAGCCUGACAUUUUCGAAAGGGCCGAUUGCCAGCUGUUCCAAAAGGACAAUCGGAGCUACGUGAAUGGUGAAUUUGUGUUCAAGCGGAAUGUAGGGGAAUUCAGUGUACGCACUGCCAUGGACUUUUGGAAACCAAACAAUCAGAAAAUGAAAAUUUACGACGUUCGUUUUGAUGGGUGUCUACUGCUACGAACUGCUCACAAAAAUCGGCUCUUCAAUAUAUACGUUAAAAGCUUUCGAAAGCAUGCAAAUGCUAAUCUCAUUUGUCCCUUUAAGGCGAACUUUAGCUACACGUUGACCAAUUGGCAAUUAGAGACACAGGAUCUACCAUCGUUUAUUCCAGUUGGUAGAUUCCGCACGAUCACGGAAUAUUUUACCCAGAAACAAUUGGGUGCGCGUUUCGUCACGCAGGGGAAAUUUAUAGCCAAGAACUAG